AUGGACUGUAUAUACCAAUGUGAACAAAUAACCUGUCACGAUAACCAUUACUAUAUUGAGCUUUAUGAACGCGGAAAAGGAUUUUGGAAUCAAGGGGAUGACGCUUAUUAUUAUAAUCCGUAUUGGCAAUUUGUUGAUAUGCCUUUACCUUGGUAUCUACGUCUACUUGGAUGGACAUGUGAACUGAACUGUGAUUACCAAUGUCAAAGAGUCAUAACUGAGGAAAGAAGGAAACAUGAAGAAGAAAUUUACCAGUUUCACGGUAAAUGGCCAUUUUUGCGUGUUUGUGGAAUACAAGAAUUGAUGAGUGUUUUGAUGUCUAUGGGCAAUUUAAUCGUCACGUACAAGUUUGGCUUCAAAAAGAUAUAUGCAAUAGUUAGGGACAAGAGACAACCAGCGUUGCUCCGCAAGCAGUAUUAUCAUAUCAUGGUUGUGAUUAUAGUCACUAUGCUUGCAUGGACCGCAUCAACUAUUUUCCAUACACGAGAUUACCCCGUUACCGAACAUUUAGAUUAUUACUUGGCAGGAGCAACAAUCUUGUCUACAUUUCAUGCUUUGGGAUCACGAUUAUUUUCCAUGUAUAAACGCAAAAAUAAACUUUAUCGGUGGUCAUUUUCAAUCUUGUGUUUAUCGGCAUACACUUAUCAUGUUCAGCGAUUAUAUCGGGAUUGGUCAUAUACAUACAAUAUGAGAGCUAAUUUAACCCUUGGAAUAUGUCAAAACCUAUUUUAUUGCAUGAUUGUAUUCAAAUUGUACUCGAAGUACUAUUCCCUCGAACAAGAAACGAAACAAAUCAACCAAAAUCAUUUGAAAUAUGUUGAUUUUAAACGAAUCAUACUACCUAGUUUCUACACCGCAAGUGCAAAGCUUUAUACUUUGUAUCCGCUUAUGUUGUGUAUGAUUGUGGUGCUAGGGUCCAUGUUGGAGAUUUUUGAUUUUCCACCUAUUUUCCACGACUUGGUGGAUGCACAUAGUUUAUGGCACUUAGUCACUAUUAUACCUCCCUAUAUGGGCUGGUACGAUUGGUUAGUUUGGGAUAUCAGUGAAAACGUAUGGCCAGAUAUAGUGGAGGAAGAGGAGUUGCAAAAGAAAAAGAAUGAGUAG